GGGUUUGUGCUGCUAUCGUUUUAGAGAUAUUCAUUAAUUUAUUUAAUUAACACAUUUUCUUUACUGAAUUUUGAGGGAAUGCUCUCCAUUUUCCCAUCCGUGACUGGAUGCUGGACUUUGCUGCCUCUGCUGGGCUCUACACGACAGAGGAGGAGUAGAAGAGGGAGGAGGAGGAACGAGUGUGUUAAAGUGAGAGAGGAGCAACAGAGAGAGAGUGUGUGAGCCUGCGACCCUCAGAAGCUCAGUGUGCAGUCAGCAUCCACCGACGUAACACGCCGACGUUCUCCUGACUGGAUCUCUUCUUUCUGCCUUCACAGUUGGGACGGAUUCUAACAGGGAACUUCUUAAAUUAUUUUGCCUUUUUUGUUUCCUUCAUCCUUUGGAUUAAAAGACCCACGAGUGGAGGUUCCGAGUGGAGGAUGACGCCCAGGCUGGACCGCCGCUCCACCUGCAGGCUCUUUUUUCUUCUUCUUCUGCUUCAGCCGUCCACCGCGCUCAUCACAGGCACAGAGGCCAGCUGUGAGAAUGAAGGCGAGGUGCUGCACAUCCCCAACAUCACCGACAACCCCUGCAUCACCUGCGUCUGCCUGGAGGGCAAGGCCGACUGCAAACAGGAAAAAUGUCCGCCCGUGUCGGAAGAUUGCGCCUUGGUGGUCAAACAGAGCGGGGCGUGCUGCGAGAGGUGUAAAGGUUGCACGUUGGACGGACGAUCCUACAACAGCUCAGUUUCGUGGACCAGUGCCGUCAAACCCUGCGUGACACGACGAUGUCAGGAAGGCGUGAUCACCGAAGCCGAAGUGCGGUGCGUGGUCCACUGCAAGAACCCCAAGAUCCAUCCCAAAAAGUGCUGUCCAACAUGUCCGAGCUGCAUCUUCGAGGGUCGGCUGUACAAAGAAAAGGAGGAGUUCAGUCCAGAAGGAAAGCCUUGCAUUAAGUGUACAUGCACGGCUGGACGUACUCUUUGCAUGAAGGAGGUGUGUCCUGUCCUAUCUUGCCCCGCCCACCUUAGCCACACCCCCUCAGGGCAGUGCUGUCCUAAAUGUCUCGGUCAAAGGAAAGUGUUCGACUUGUCCGAGGGGAGUUGCCUGUUCCACAGCGAAGUCUUUGAGAACGCCACCUCCUUCGUACAUGACAACUGCACUACCUGCACGUGCAAGGACUCCACCGUGGUGUGCAAAAGGCGUUGCUCGCGGCCGGGCAGUUGCCACGGAGAAGGCUGCUGCGACGAAUGCUUGUCCUACGUAAAGGUGGACGACGUCAAGUACUGCCGAGUUCGCAAUAAGAUCUACAGGGAUGGAGACAUGUGGUCUUCGGUCAACUGCACGCUUUGCGCAUGCGUGAAAGGGAACGUGGAGUGUCAGCCAAAACAGUGCGUGCCAAUCACCAGCUGCCCCUCGAAUAAGAUCCUAAACCGGACCGGCUGCUGUCCAGUUUGCACUGAAAAGCCCGGCGUAUGCACCGUGUUUGGCGACCCGCACUACAACACUUUUGACGGAAGAACCUUUAACUUCCAAGGAACGUGUCAGUACGUGUUGACACGGGACUGCGGAGGCGCCGCGGGCAAUAACGCCGUCGUUAACAAUGGCGACUCCAGCUUCACGGUGCUGGUGAAGAACGACGCCCGGCGCACCCGCUCGUUCUCCUGGACGCAGUCGGUGGAGGUGCGCCUAGCCGGGCUGGUCCUCGGCCUCCACCAGCACCUGACCGUGCGCAGGAACGGCACCCGCAUCGCGCUCCCCUACCACGGGCCCGGCGUGCACAUCGAUCUGGACGGAUACCUCCUCAAGCUCACGACCAUCGCAGGUCUGGAGAUCACUUGGGACGGCGACAGCUUCGUGGAGGUGGUGGCCGCCCCGCACUUGCGCGGGCGUCUGUGCGGCCUGUGCGGCAACUACAACGGCCACAAGCGCGACGACACCACCGGCGGCGACGGGCACUUCAAGUUCGACGUGGACGACUUCGCCGAGUCGUGGCGCGUCGCCAACGACGAACCCUGCGGCCAGCAAAGCCGCCGCCCCGCCGCAUUCUCCUGUCCCGCUAGCGUCAAGGUCAAAUUCCGCGCCCACCGCGAGUGCCAGAAGAUCAAGUCGUGGGAGUUCCACAAGUGUCACCGCGUGGUCGACGUCGCCGCUUUCUACAGGUCGUGCGUGACGGACAUGUGCGAGUGUCCCGUUCACAAGAACUGCUACUGCGAGUCCUUUAUCGCGUACAGCCGAGCGUGCGAGCGAGAGGGCGUCCCCGUACUCUGGAGAACCGACGCCGCCUGCAUGGCUACGCAGUGCAAACACGGCGCGAUAUACGACACGUGCGGUCCGGGCUGCACCAAAACCUGCGACAACUGGAACGAGAUCGGGCCGUGCCGCAAGCCCUGCGUGGCCGGCUGCCACUGUCCCGCCAACUUGGUGCUUUUCCAGGGACGCUGCAUCCGCCCCCUGGCGUGCCCCGGGCGGUGACAACCGGACCCCCGAAAAAAAACAUCUCGGACUUGUUGAGAUGCGUCAAAACAGACUCAGGGUUUAAGGAAUCCCUUUUUAAUAAACACUCAGGAGAUAUAUUUUCGCGGGAGAACCUCGUCAGAACUUUUUGGACUCUUUGAGACCGUCUCCGGAGAGGACGAGGCGAUUUUGUACGGGAAGCCAAAGAGAUUUAUGACCAGCUUUUCUACAUUUGUCAUGUGUUGAUACUGUUAAUUUAUAUAGCGAAAGCGGGAGCACGAAGGCGCAGCUAACUAAUGACUUACAGUGAACCCCGGUGCAUUGUGGGAAUUUGAGGGGAGCCACACCCCCACGCCAGUUCAGUGCCACUUUGAAAAGCACUCACGCUGCUAUGGCAAGUUUCUCGAAACAAAUCAAGAUUUUGAGAAACUCACCAUUGAUGGUGGGAAUGAAAUUAGCGUUAAAAUGUCCUUUCCAGGUGUGCUGAUUGGAGUGUAUCCCAGGUAAGUUUAUGCCAUUAACAGCCUUGUACGCCCUUGCCAUUGACGGUCAGGUACGUCCAUGCCAUUGAAGCCAACGGACGUCCAUGCCAUUGACGGCCAUGUACGUCCAUGCUAUUGACGGUCAGAUACGUCCAUGCCAUUGAAGCCAACGUACUUCCAUGCCAUUGACGGCCAUAUACGUCCAUGCUAUUGACGGCCAUUCAUGCAACUGACACCAAUGUACGUCCAUGGCAUUAACGACCAUGUACAUCCAUGCCAUUGACGGCCAUGUACGUCCAUGCCAUUGACACCAAUGUAUGUUCAUGGCAUUGACGGCCAUGUACGUACGGCAAUGUACGUCCAUGCCAUUGACACCAAUGUACGUCCAUGGCAUUAACGGCCAUGUAAGUCCAUACCAUUGACGGCAAUGUACGUCCAUGCCAUUGACAGUAAUGUACGAACGGUCAUGUACGUCCAUGCCAUUGACGGUCAUGUACGUACUGCAAUGUACAUCCAUGCCAUUGACACCAAUGUACGUCCAUGGCAUUAAGGGCCAUGUAAGUCACUACCAUUGACGGCCAUUCACUCAUUCAUGCAAUUGACACCAAUGUACGUCCAUGGUAUUAACGUCCAUGCCAUUGACACCAAUGUAUGUCCAUGGCAUUAACGGCCAUGUAAGUCCAUGCCAUUGACGGCCAUGUACGUCCAUGCCAUUGACGGUAAUGUACGAACGGUCACGUACGUCCAUGUCAUUGACACCAAUGUACGUCCAUGCCAUUGACGGUCAUGUACGUACGGCAAUGUAGGUCCAUGCCAUUGACACCAAUGUAUGUCCAUGCCAUUGACGGUCAUGUACAUACAGCAAUGUACGUCCAUGUCAUUGACACCAAUGUACGUCUGUGCUAUUGACGGUCAGGUACGUCCAUGUCAUUGAAGCCAACGGACGUCCAUGCCAUUGACGGCCAUGUACGUCCAUGCUAUUGACGGUCAGGUACGUCCAUGCCAUUGAAGCCAACGGACAUCCAUGCCGUUGACGGCCAUAUACGUCCACGCUAUUGAUGGCCAUGUACGUCCAUGCCAUUGACAGUAAUGUACGAACGGUUAUGUACGUCCAUGCCAUUGACGGUCAUGUAUGUUCAUGGCAUUAACGGCCAUGUAAGUCCAUACCAUUGACGGCUAAUUCAUUCAUUCAUGCAAUUGACACCAAUGUACCUCCAUGGUAUUAACGGCCAUGUAAGUCCAUGCCAUUGAAGGCCAUGUACGUCCAUUCCAUUGACACCAAUGUAUGUCCAUGGCAUUAACGGCUAUGUACGUCCAUGCCAUUGACGGUAAUGUACGAACGGUCAUGUACGUCCAUGCCACUGAACCAGUGUACGUCCAUGCCAUUGACGGUCAUGUACGUACGGCAAUGUACGUCCAUGCCAUGGACACCAAUGUAUGUCGGUGCCAUUGACGGUCAUGUACGUCCAUGCAAUUGAAGCCAACGGACAUCCAUGCCAUUGACGGCCAUGUACGUCCAUGCUAUUGACGGCCAUGUACGUCCAUGCUAUUGACGAUCAUGUACGUCAAUGCCAUUGACGGCAAUGUACGUCCUUGCCAUUGAAGGCCAUGUAUGUCCAUGCCAUUGACACCCAUGUACAACCAUGCCAUUGAUGGCAAUGUACAUCCAUGGCAUUGACAAUCAUGUAGGUCCAUACCAUUGACGGUCAUGUACGUACGGGCAUGUACAUCCAUGGCCUUGACAGAAAUGUACAUCCAUGCCAUUGAUGGCCAAGUACGUCCAUGCCAUUGACGGCCAUGUAUGUCGAUUCUAUUGAUGCUGAAAUACUUCGAUUACAUUGACACAUCUGUAAAUCGAUGCCAUUGACGGCCAUCUAUGUCAAAAUAUCAACAGGAAGUGAUCACGAAGAGCAAUUUUCAUAUUAUAUCAUAAUGAAUAAUGCCAUUUGGAUUUAACAAAGCAACACAAACAAACAAAAAAUAUUUUUAAAUUACACACCCGGACAGUACGCAUGCUUUCAAAAGUGUACAGCACUAAAAUGUGGCAGGGGUUCACUGUAAAAGUACAAAAAGCUAUUUAUGUUUAUGUGUUGUGUGUACUUGUGUGUGCCCAAAUGUGACUCAUGUGUUGGUAUUAUUGUUGAAAAGUACUGUAGCGUCUUUGCGGAAGGUGUUCAUUGAAAAAAAUAUAUAUAACAUCUUCCCCUCAUUAUUUAAGAGCCACAAUAUAAUCUUUUAUCCAACUGGUCUUUCUCAACAUCCUUGCUAAAAAUGAGCUUUUUAUACAAAUAUUGUUUGAUUUUUUUUUUUUUUUUUAAUUGAACAAUAAUACAACACAUUUUCUCAGCUGCAAUUUUGUACAGUAAGGUGGCAACAAACACAAUUCAGAGGAAGUAACAACAAAUGCAGCUCAAAUACCACUUGGGUUUUUAACUUAUAAUAAAAAGCUUGUUCUUGAUCUUA